AUGGAUUUAUCCUCUUCUUGGUAUCCUAAACUGUCAUCUAACGAAUUGCAGGUGACCCGUUUGACAUGCGGAGGAUUCAUAUUUGCGGUAGGACUAAACCACACUAUCAGUGAUUCACUUGGGUUGGUGCAAUUCCUCAACACUGUUGCAGAGAUGGCAAGUGGUUCAUGUAUACCAUCGAAACAACCUGUAUGGCAAAGACAUAUCUUAAAUGCACGAGACCCACCAAGAAUUACUUGUAUUCAUCACGAGUACGAGAUGGUGAAUAACAACAAAUGCACAACAAUAAUAGAGAACAACGACAUGGUCCAUUGGUCUUUCUUUUUUGGUCCAAAAGAGAUGAGAUCGAUACGGAAGCAUCUUCCUCCACACCUUCAAACAUGCACUACCUUUGAGAUACUCACUGCUUGUUUAUGGAAAUGUCGCACGAUUGCCCUUGAGUUUGAUCCAAAUGAUGUUGUUCGUUUAUCAUGCUGUGUCAAUUUGCGUGGUAAGCAAGGCAUGCAAUUGCAAGUGCCUAAUGGUUAUUAUGGCAAUGCAUUUGCAUUCCCAACUGUGCUUUCCAAGGCUGAAUUACUAUGUAAAAAUCCAUUAGGAUAUGCACUAGACUUGGUCAAAAAGACAAAGGCAGAAAUGAGUGAAGAGUACAUAAAGUCAGUGGCAGAUCUUAUGGUGAUUAAGGGACGUCCUCCAUAUAUGACAGCUGGGAACUUUUUUGUUGCUGAUACAACACAAGUUGGAUUUUCAGGGAUCGAUUUUGGGUGGGGGAAGCCGGUUUAUGGCGGCCCUAGCGGGGCCAUACAAUUUAUUAGCUUCUAUGCAAGGUUCAAAAACAACAAAGGAGAAAAUGGGGUUGUAGUACCAAUACGGUUGCCACUGCCUGCAAUGGAAAGGUUUCAACUAGAGUUGUUGAAGAUAACUCAGGAGCCAGUUGAUCAAUCCUAUGGCAUAAUGCCAACAAAAAUUACGUCCACACUCUAAAGCAGUUGUGGGAGAAA